UUUAACGAGAAGACUAGUACAAUUAUGUAUUGAUUUAUUUACAUCGCUUUUGAUUCAAUAAAUAUGUUGACUAUCCUUAAUUAAUUAGGAAUUUAAUUAUAGCAUUUGGAGAAUCAAAAUUUGAUAUUUGAUAUUUAAAUUUUUUUUAAUUUUUAUUUCCUACAUCCCUAGUUUUUUUUUUUAAUUAUAAUUUAUACAUCAUUAAAUUGUAUAUUAACAGUUUGCAUGAUUGUACCGAUAUAAUGACGAGAACUUUAUAUUUUUAAUUUGAAAUAAAAAUCAUUAAUAUGCCAGAACAUCCUAUCUUACAUGUAUUGGUCAUUGGAUUUCAUCAUAAAAGAGGAUGUCAAGUUGAGUAUGCUUAUCCACCAUUUAAAGAUGAUACCACUGGAGAGCUUAAUGAAUGCCCAAAUGAUUGGAAACAUUUACCUUCUUUAGCCUUGCCUGAUGGAUCUCACAACUUUGAUGAAGACACAUCAUAUUUUCAUCUUCCAAGCUUGAAAAAUCCUAAUGAAACAAUCUACGGAAUUUCAUGCUACAGACAAAUUCCAUUAGAGAAAAUUAUUAACCGAACCCCAGAUAUGACACGAAGCACAAUUCAAAAGUCUGUUUGUGUUCUUAGCAAGUUACCAUUAUAUGGACAUAUUCAAGUUAAAAUGUCCCUAAUUACUCAUGCUUAUUUUGAGGAAGGAGAUUUUAGCAAAAUCACACUCUUACACGAUACAUAUCAUCAUCUUAAUGCUUGUCUUUCUAGUAUAGAAAACAUCAGUACAAGCCCUCAUUUAUAUGUAGGAUUAUCAGCAGUUGAAUUAGUUACCAAGUUUAAACAUAAAGUAGUUUUACUGUUUAAAUUGUUACUUCUUGAACGCAAAGUAUUAUUUUUUUAUUCACCAGUUCGUCCAUUAUGCUCUACAAUUCUUACUUUAUUGUCACUUCACCCAGGAUUAAUUGAAAGUGGUCUUAAAAAAUCUGCUAGUAUCAAACCAAAACAACCUAAUAUAUCAACAGAAGAUAAAGAAGAAGAUAUUUCUAUUAGUUCUCAAAAAGUAAAAAAUAAUGGAUCUAAUAAUAUAGUUUCCGAAAAAUCUUCUGUAAUACAUUAUAAUACAGAAGAAGAUGUUGUAAAUUUAAAUAGCUUCACUUCUAACAUUCCUCGAGAUCCUAGUAUUGAUUCAUUAAGUGAAGCUGCUAUGCAAUACAAUAUGAUAAGCAUUGCGCAGAUUAACUCAGCAAAUUGUGCUGUUCCUAUGUCCAUUUUCGAUAACGGUAAUAUUUGUCAACCAUAUUCUUGUUUAUCAUACAUGGAUAUUUUAACAGAUGCUAGUGUUAGAGGCUAUAUGAUUGGAGCGUCAAAUAUUUUGUUUAAACAAAAAAAGAAUCUAGCUGAUGUAAUUGUUGAGAUUGAUGAUGGUAAAGUGGAAAUUGAAAAUGUGGAUCUUAAAAGAAUUUUACAUUUAACAACAGAGGAUUUACGCUUUGCUGAUUACUUAGUGAGGCAUGUUGUUCAACCAGAGAAGGAAGAUGUCUUUCUUGAUGGAGUAGGUUGGGAAGGUGGUGAUGAAUGGAUUAGAGCUCAAUUUAAAGCAUAUUUACUAUCAUUAUUAAGAACUUCUCUUCUAAAUGAAGGAGCUCCUGAAUUAAAUCAUUUUAACCCUACUUUUAUUUCUACUUGGCAACAAACAAAAAGUUAUCAAAUUUGGCUGAAUGAAGACCACAAGGCAAUUAUAGCCAUUGAACCUUGUCAUCCGUUUGCAGGACAAUUAUCUGUAGCAGACAUGAAACUUAGAAUAAGCCAUACAAUGCAAAGUAGUGAAAGUGGUAGAAAACUGAAUCAAGCUGUUCAAAAUACUAGUAGAGCUGUUGCAACCACAGGAAAAGCUGUUGGUGGUGCUAUUUCACAAGCUAAAGGGGCUGUGACCAAUUGGUGGAGCAACUUAACAACAGCCCAAGAUUUUGAAAAUGAAGAAGUACAACCCCCUAUUCAAAAUGUUUAGAUUACUAUAUAAAAAUGUUUUAUGUUAUAUAUAAGUAUGUAUGUAUUAUAUAUAAUUAUACAAAUUGUACUAUGUGCAAAACUAUACUAUUAUAUAUUUUAAAAUUACAAAAAUAUCUUCAAACAUUAAUCAUUUAAGAAUUAUAAAUUUACAUAUUUGUGACAUCAUGUUUUUGUCAAAAAAAUUUAUUCUGCCUAGUUAUUAAGAAAACUAAAUUAAUUGCAUAUUAUUUCCAUACAAGAAAUGUAUAAUUAGAUUCACUAACAAAAUCUAGUCUAAAAUUGAAUCUGUAAGUAUAAUAGUUAUUUUUUUACUAUUUACAUUGCUUUUAAUUAUCUUGAUAAUAUUACCUAUACCUUUUUGUAUAAGUAUUCAAUUACUACAUUUUAAACAAUCAACAGAUAAUUAUUUUAAAAACACUAAAAUAUAAAAUAUAUAUUUCAUUCAAUAAUUAAAGAUUUAGUAAUGUAUUUUGAGCAUACUUUCUUAUUUUAUUAAUUCUACUAAAAUAAAUUUUAUUUUUAAUAGAAUUUAUAAAAUGUUUGAAUUAUUGAUGUUUUUAGUGCUUUAAAUAUUGUUUUCUCUUUUAUUCAUCAAAUUGCCUUUGAUUUUAUUAAUAAUGAAUGAUUAAGUGUGAUUAAUAGUAUUUAUUUUUUAUUUAAUACUAUAUAAAUUAUCAAUCAAAUAUAAAGUUAUCAUUAAAAAAAUCAUAAUAAAAAUUAUUUAUAUUUAACCAAAAUUUAUUUUUAUGUGAAUUAAAACUAUUAACAAAUAAAAUGGAGAAUUAUAAAUAUGAGUACUAUAUAUAUAUAUUUCCUAUAGUCGAAUAAAUGUUAUCACUAAUAUUAAUAACUUGAACUUGUGUAAUAAAUAUAUGUAUAUAAUGUUAUAUAAAUGUAUAAGUGUUUAUUUCAAAAAUGUUUUAAUUGUAAUAAGCCUUUAUUAGAGUACUGUACAACACUUGUCCCUCUUACAAAAAAAUUUAUUAAUAACUUAAAUAAUUUUCAAAAUAAUAACUUUUUUGUUUAUAUAAUAUGAUAUGAUUUAAAAAACCUUUUGUAAUGUUUAUAAUAAACAGUAGUGUUAGAAAUACAGUUCAUAAUUUUUCAAAUGUAUUGUUCAUGUAUAACAUUUUUAAAUAAUGGUCAUUACCAUCAUAAAUUAAUUUUAAAAUUAGUUGUAAGUCAUUAGUAAUUAUUGUUUUUUACUCUCAAUAUUUAAUUUAUAAUAAAUUCUAAAGUUCCAUUUUUACUUUUAAAUGCUAUGUACAAGAUGAUUAUCAUUGACCACUUAAUUGUUCAAACAUAAAUAUAAUAUUGAUAAUUCUAAUUUUGAUUUCUUUUAAUUACAUGUUUUAGUCAAUUUAUCAACCAUAGAGUUUUUCGUGUUCAUUCCUUAUGAAUAAUAAAGGUAUUAACAUUCAUUUUUCAAAUGGCUAUAUACAUAUUUAUCUAGCUUACAAAAUACAAAAUUAUCUAGUUAAGAAAAUGACUUUUCAAUUCAACUAUUGGACAUGCAUUUCAGAAAUUAAUAACACAUUUAUACCAAGGCGAGAACAGGAAUUCAGCUUGUAAAUUUCUAAUAAUAAAAAUAACAAAAAUCUUGCCAUUAAAUUGUUAACUCUUUAAUUACUAGUCCAAUUUUGUUAAAAAGUCGUUCUAAUCAUUGAAAGAACAAGUCACUAAAAGAGGUGAAUAAUUAAAUGUAUCAUAUAAUAUUAAUAUUUAUUUCUUGUUCAAUAAUAAACAAAUCACUUUGUAAACAUUUAUAAAUUUAUGUAACUGUUUAAUUGAUAUUUUAAAUUUUGAUUAAUAAAUAUAUACUUUAUGUCUA